GGCAGCUUUAAGUGGAGGGUGGAUUUUCCCCUCUUUCUUUGCCUUGUGUUUUCCACUCUGCAAGAAUGUUGUGGUUGCUCUUUUUUCUGAUUACUGCUAUUAGUGCUGAACUCUGUCAACCAGGUGGAAAAAAUGCUUUUAAAGUGAGACUCAGUAUCAAGACAGCUCUGGGAGAUAAAGCAUACGUCUGGGACACAAAUGAGGAAUACCUCUUCAGAGCGAUGGUGGCUUUUUCCAUGAGAAAAGUUCCUAACAGGGAAGCAACAGAACUUUCCCAUGUCCUGCUUUGCAAUGUGACUCAGCGAGUGUCCUUCUGGUUUGUGGUUACAGACCCUACGAGUAAUCACACCCUUCCUGCUGCUGAGGUUCAGUCAGCCAUCAGAAUGAAUAGAAACCGGAUCAACAAUGCCUUUCUUUUGAAUGACCAGACUCUGGAAUUUUUAAAGAUCCCUACUACUCUUGCGCCACCCACUGACCCAUCUGUGCCUGUCUGGAUUAUUACCUUUGGUGUGGUAUUUUGCAUCGUUACAAUUGCAGUCAUACUACUGAUUGUGUCAGGAGUUCGCCAACGCAGAAGGAAGAACAAAGGACCCUCUGAAGUGGAUGACAGUGAAGAUAAGUGUGAAAACGCCAUCACCAUUGAAAAUGGCAUCCCCUGCGAUUCCCUGGACACAAAGGGAGGGCACAUUAAUGAGGUCUUUCUGAUGGAGGAUGAGCGCCUCACGCCUCUCUGAAGGGGCUCAGUAUUGGUUCCAUGCGACUGCUGAGCGUCACAAAUUAUCUAGGGUGAAUUAGAUCUUUUGUUUCACAAGAAUUUUGAAUGUGCAUACAAGUGAAAGGAAAUCAAUUAUACUCAUGAAGACCAGUGGAAUCAUAAUCUGUUCUGUACUCAGAAUAUGCUAAACUAUUUCUUUCACAAUGUUGUGUAAGUAUAGUCAUGCAGUACUUGUAGUUAAUUGAUUUUAAAACUGCCUUAGUAUUGAAGCAUUUCUAGAAAUAAGGUCAGAGCUGUCUCUUUUCUAUAUAUACAUGACAUAUUUUACAUUUUAAAGAGCUAAGGAAAAUAUUUUUCCUAAGGAGAACACCUAUAAUAUGGUAUAGAAAUCAUUGAAAGUGACUCACUUUUGAAUAUUCUUUGUAUCAUUCUAUAUGUGAUUAAGUAAGCAAGAAUGAACAUGAAUGGUUAUAAGUGGGAUAGGUAGACAUGGGAGUGUUGUUACAGAAAGUGGAAUUUGAUCCUGUUAUCAUGCCCACAGUUGCCCAUAUAUUCUCUAUCAGUCUCUACUAGGAUACUUCCAUUUCUUGACUAUUUCUGCAAUUUGUAAAAGUACAGUCUAUGCUAAUAAAGUGCCAAUCAUCUCCUUUUGAUUGUA